AUGCCGCUGCCGGAGUCGUUAAUGACGGUGGUAGAAGAUUUCGUGUUGUGUUCGAAAGUUAACCGAUUUCUGGACAGCGAGCCGCGACCGUUCCGUCGUACCUUCGCUGAUGUGAGGGAGCGGUGUAUGAGCCUCAAAGGCAUGCUGUCGCUUGUGGAACUACACUACCGAUCGUUCGGCUACGAGUUCUGUAAGGAAAACUUUCUUUUGGACGACAGGUGGGCGCGACUCUACGACCAAAUGGGCGACGAUGUGCUCGUCCACGUUCUGAUCACUUUCUGCGUAUUUGCUCGUGUCGGUGGCGAGACGUUCGUACAGCUGUCCGGUAAGCCGUUCAGGUACCAGCGGAUCAUCACUGAAAGCCUUCGUGACGGUAGGAUCCGACCGGUCUCCACCGGUGACAUCAAGGCGACUAGGCUGAUGUACUGUGAAGCCACCGCCGAAAAGCUGUACAUGUACAAUCCGGCAUUGUAUGGUGUGAAACAAGGGGACCCGGCCAGUGUCGAGCCUCUCGAAGCGGAGAUAUUCGGAAGAAGGCUUAGAAUCGAUCUGCCUCCAAGGGCCUAUGAACUUCUGACAGAAGCGCUGAUGGACUCUGCCCGAAGCGGCGACCCCACUCACAUGACUUUGCAAGAAGCAUCAAACGCCGCCUCUCCUCAUUCGUAUGUCCUUAGGACACUACAUAAAGUCUUCCGCUACCUCAUCUCGGCUAAGCUCACUGGCGAGUACAAUAGGCAGACCUUGUCCUAUCGUUUGGCCAGUCGCUUUGUUACUAUCGGACACUUCGACGUAAUCAAGGUAUCAUCAUGUUUGAAACGAUUUAUUUUUCGGCACGUCCUGCGUUUCGGACCAAAGCUGUUCCUUCAGCGUAGGGGCAUAGCGCAGGGUUCGGCGAUCAGCUACUUUCUGUCUGAUCUGUAUUUGGAGAAGAUGACUGAGCAGUGCAUGGAUUUCGUCGAGAUCAGCGAUCUAUUCAUCCGGUCUGCAGACGACAUGUUCUACGUAACGUCUUCUGCCAGCCGAUGUCAGCGCUAUUUGCAGAUGGUGAUCGACGGCGUUCCAGAAUUUGGCUGUCAGUUCAACGUCGAUAAGACGGCAACGAAUUGUUUAGCAACGGACAAGGCUCUGGAACGAGGCGACAAAAUAGCCUUGCGCAAUGUACAGACUUUCUCUUGGUUCGGGUUGACUUUCGACGUGAAUUCCUUUGAAGUGACCGUGGCGGACGAGGCACUGCUCAGCUGCAGUUUUCCGCCUGUCAGUCAUUCCUCGGUACCUCAGCAGAUGAUUCUGCAAAAAUUUCCGGUAGCCGUUUUGUCUCGCUUCCCGGCGAUUUGCUUUGACCCAACGUUAAAUGACGUGAAGCGUCUCAGUGCCAAUUUCAAACGUCUGGCCAUUUACACAGUUGUCUACGUGAGCUACGUGAAAAGGCGAGUCGGACAUCGACUGACGCUGGAUGCUGACUUUCUGGCAUCCUUGACCUCAUAUAUCGUCAAAUCCUUCUAUAAACACAGGUAUCCUAGAAACUCAAGGCUGUUGUCUAGCCGGUCAUUGAAUGCUACUGCACUUUCCCAUGGGUACCUGAAGAACGUUCUGCGGUCUGUUUUGAAAAUUCGUUUUCAUCCUUAACU